UCUCAACUCAAGCUCCAAACACAGGCACACACCUCCAAAGCCAAGUUCAGCCUGCUCCUGAGGGUCAACCCAAAAGAGCAACUUUGAUUUCCGUCACCAACACCAAGUCCAUCUCGAGCAGCCGAGCCAAGCACUCAAAGCAAAAAAAAAUAAGUCAAAAUGCUCUUCCAACCUAUCCUCACCAGCACCCUCUCCCUUCUCGUUCUCUCCUUCGGCUUCACUUUCGCCGCUCCAGCCCCAGCCCCAGCCCCAGCCACCGGCACCCCCAUCGCGAUCCGCGAAGUCUCAACCACCGAAACCCUGGACCCCCGCUCCUUCUCCUCCCGUAUCACCUGGUACAACACCGGCCUUGGCGCCUGCGGCACUGUUUCCAAUGACGGCCAACUUGUCGUCGCGCUGAACCACGACCAAUUCGACCCGUCCACGCCCAACGGCAACCCGAACCGCAACUCGCUCUGCGGCCGCCGGAUCAGAGUCAAUGCCAACGGCAGGAGCGUCACGGUCACGCUGGUUGAUCGGUGCGCGGGGUGCCCGUAUGGUGGAUUGGAUUUGAGUCCGGCGGCGUUUUCGGUGUUGGCGAGCACGAGUGUGGGGGUGGUGCAGGGGAGUUGGGAUUGGGCUUAG